GUGUAUUUGGCUGCAGGUGCUGUGUACAGCCUAGAGGGGGCGCUGAGUGACUUAGAAGACUGUGCUCGCAGCAUCAGCAGCUCCACCACAGAGACUGAACUGGCCUUCCUAGAAGACCAGGUGGCCACUGCUGCUGCCCAGGUGCAGCAGUCCGAGCUCCAGAUCUCAGAUAUUGAGGCAAGAAUAUCAGCCCUCAAAACUGCAGGUCUAAAUGUAUCUGCAUGCACACGGUUUUCCAAGUACAAAUCUAAACCUAUGCCCCAGACGCUGGACUCGUCUCGCCAUCAGAGGAGAAAGCUGCCUGCUCCUCCUAUCAGAAGUCUGUCAUCAGAAAAGGAAGUCAAAUCUGAGCCACAGAUGAGAUCUAUGAGGCUGUGACAAGAGGCCAUGUGACCUCAGUGAUU